GCCAUUAUUCAACCUAAUCUCAUUCAAGAUUAUAUACUAUUUAUUUCUUGGUACAAGAUUAUAUAAAUAUUUCUGCUUUGCUCGUAAUCACAUCAUAUAGAGAGGGGGACAGAGAGUGGUAACCUUCAAUCAUUCUUUUUUCCUUUGGAAGAUAUUUGAACUUCAUGAAAAUAUGGCCAAAUUGGUUAAAAUCUUGGCUGGUUUGGUAAUAGUGGCAUUCGAUGUCGUUGCUGGGAUUCUUGGAUAUAAAGCAGAAGCAUCUGAAAACCAGGAAAAGCAGCAGACGCAGUGGUUGUUCGAGUCAUGUAACAAGCCAAGCCAUGAGGCAUUUGUUUUUGGGUUAGCUGCAGCAACUCUGCUUGGAAUAGCUCAUGUUCUUGCCAACCUUCUCGGAGGCUGCAGUGUUUGUACUACUGACGAUAUUAGGAAAGCCACCCCUAUCAAGCAAUUAUCAAUUGCUUGUCUCGUUUUUACAUGGUAUGGUAUCAAAAGAAAUAGUUGGAGACCCGUUGGGCAAGUCUAUAAAUUUUGUCUUUUGAUUUUCAGGAUCAUAUUUGCAGUAGGAUUGGGAAUGCUGGUGAUAGGGACAAAAGCAAACCACAAGUCAAGAACUUCGUGUGGUUUUAUACAUCAUAAUUACCUAUCCAUUGGUGGAAUUCUGUGUUUUGUUCAUGCCCUCUUUUCUGUUGCAUAUUAUGUCGCAGCUAGUCAAAAUCUGGCCUAACUUAUGAAGAUAAGAGAUUUUGAGCAGAUGAAAGUUUUUGAGAUGUUCUAGACCAAUGGCAUUUGCAUAUUAUGUUGAACACCUAAUUGUAACUGUGUUUUGCAUCACACAAGGUUGACUAGUUUUGACUAAAAUAAAUUUAGGAUAAAGGGUUAGUGUGGAACAGACAAGACAAGGAAGAGGCAGCACUGAGAUCACAGAGCAAAGAGGAAGAGAAGUCUAUAGAGCAUAACUCCAAAUGGAAGCAACAUGUGUAAGAGCUCAUUUCACAUGAGAUAAUUUACCUAUAAACCAGAACAACUGAAGAACGCUAAUGUCUGAAAUUUCGCCCCCCAUUCCUGUUCCCACUUGUUGUGAAUCACACUGGACAAUAUAGGUUCUAGAAAUUAUGAUUUUGGCUCUAAUUGCACAUGUUUUUUUUAGAAUGGUGUUACAAAUUUCAUUGCACACCCAACUCUUGACCUUGUUGUACAGUUUGUAUCAUGGAAUUGGCAAUAGUAAGGUGUUUUAUUCUCAAAAUAAUGCGAGAAUUUGCAUUAAAA